GAGGUUGGAGGGACAGCAGCAGGAAGGCAUUGCCUGCAGGCCAACUGGCCACUCUCCAGGAUCCCUUCACCCACCACUGAAAUGCAGCCGCCUCAGGGCCAGGGAGGGGUAGCGGUUCUAAGGCCGCCCGCAGUCCAGCGCUUAGCCAAACCACUGGCCAAACUCCCACUGGCUUCAGUGGGGCAGGAGUUGUGUCUUCAUCGGUGCCCAGCACCAGGCCAGGACUGUUUGGCCAGGAAGUGAGGAUCCCUGGAUCCCUGCAGUGAGCAAGGUCUGCCAGGGCACCUCAGAGCUGGUGCUGAGCUGGGAGCCUGGGGCUCACCCUGACCGAGUGGCUGGCAGGCUGCCCACAGUACAAGCACCAGGCCGGGCUCGUGCCCAGUGAGACCAACAUGAGCCAGUGCGCGCUCCGGCACUGGGGAGCCGUGUGUGGGCACCCAGCACAGGACACAAACCCACCCCAAGAGAUGAGACCCAGCUCCCGCAGCAGUGCUCCCAGGUUCCUAGCGGACGACUACACAGUGGAGGUCCGGCUCAAUGACUACCUGGACAUCAUCUGCCCGCACUACGAGGAGGGCAGCGUGACGCCUCGCGCCAUGGAGCGCUACACCCUCUACCUGGUGGAGUACGAGGAGUAUGCGGCCUGCAAACCCCACUCCAAGGAGCAGAUCCGCUGGGAGUGCAACAAGCCAGCUGCCCUGCAUGGCCCCGAGCGGUUCUCGGAGAAGUUCCAGCGCUUCACGCCCUUCACCCUGGGGAAAGAGUUCAAGGAGGGACACAGCUACUACUACAUCUCAAAGCCAAUUCACCACCAUGGCGACGGCUGCCUGAAGCUGAAGGUGACUGUGGCUGGCAAAGCCACUGGGAUGCUGCCCGUCCACACCCCAAUGCAGAAGGGGGGGAUCCAGGCAGAUGACGCGGACGUGCAGGUCCUGAAGAGUGUGGGCCAGAACUCAGCGCUGCGGAGCAGCAGCCCUGUCACCUUGCUCAGCCUCCUGCUGCCCCUGCUGGUGCCGCAAGGCCUGUGAGGUGGGAGCCUGGCUGAGCGGCAUGGACUGAACCACUGGAUGGCGGCUGCUGCUGGGAUUGGACCCUGUGGCCCAGAGAUGUGCAGGCCCCCGGCUGGGCUGUUGCAAACACACACCAGCUGGAGGUGGACACGUGAAUCAGCCAGGCGUGCGUUGGCAGCCUAAGGACUUAUUACGGGUUGAAUGACCCAAGUGGUCAGUAUUACGGGUCGAAUGACCCAAAGCCGAGCUGAGCAACCAAAGCCACCACAGCCCUGCGGGGAGCGGCCCUGCAGGAGGGAUUGCUCCUCCUUACCGCCAAAGAACAGACCACCAGCACUUUCAACCACUCGCUUUGAGAGCAGACGACAGCAGCUGCUGCCCUGGCUGGACGGGCAGUGGCUCUGGACUAGGAGGGGGUGGGGUGCAGGCACCUCUGGCCAGCUGAGGCAGCCCCCGUGGAGUGUGCAGGAUGGACAGGCCUUGCGGGCUGGUGGCGUGGAAGUGUCCUGCAGGCAGAGGCACGAGUGCUGUCCAAGCAAGCAGCCUAUGGACGGGCUGUGUCUGUGAGGCUGAGUGCAACCCAGGGACUCUGGGUUUGCUGGGGCCAUGGUAUCACCUUGCUGGAGCAGGAUGUCCUGGAGCAAUAUUCCUUCUGGUGCAGGAUGCCUGGUGUCAGCGAUGUGGGUGCCAGGAUUCCGUAUGGUGUGACACCUGGAAAAUAAUGUGUAGAUGUGUCUGGAGCAGGUGCCCCCUCCCCAAAUUCUGACCUCCUAUGGCAAUUCUGCUGAUUACAGCUUGGCCAGGGGCCUGGGACUGUCUGGCCUGAAGCAGGGAGCUGGGCUGCAGGCUCCUCAAAGGAGACAAACACCUCCUCACAAUUGCCCGAGGAAGGAAUGAGCUGGCAGCCCCAAACCCAUGACACCCCGUUCCCUCUACUCACCUCAGCCUGGCCUCUCCAGAAACACUGAGAGCAAGAGUUCCUUGGGCACAAACUCCCAGCCCCAUUCCUGUCUGCCUAGGCUCAUUGCCACAGUCUCUCUCUCCCGGCCCCACCCAGGACUCUCUGUCCUCUGUGUAAAGCAGCCACCUGUGCUGGAAACAGGGUGGGGCAGAGGCUGAGCGUAGCUGCUGCCUGGCUGGAGUUCCCUCCACGGGCAGGUCUCUAGACACGCUGUACGACCCUGUCUCCACGGCCUGUGUGCGCCUCGGUGCCUGGAGAGGGCGGGGGGCUAGGUGGCUCGUUCACCCACACACCUGCUGGGCUCUGCAUGGAGGAGUGUAUAUAACGUGUCUCGAUUUGUAAAGCUUCCUUUUUACCACUGAAAUUUUUAUACAAAUGGUCCUGAAUAAAUAUGUUUUGGAUAUGG